AUGGCGACUACGACGAGCCCUCUUUCUGGCGAAAAUGAGGAGGAUUCCGCGCCCAUGAACGACCUCAAGUAUUCGCAUGAUGACGAUCACCAUGACACUCCUACCCAAGAUGCCUCCACCACAGACCCUAAAACACUGCCUGCGCAAAAGAGACGUCGGGUCGGCCGCGCAUGCGACGAAUGUCGCAGAAAAAAGAUUAAGUGCGAUGGCAAACAGCCAUGCACUCAUUGCACAGUCUAUAGCUAUGAGUGUUCGUACGACCAACCUUCCAAUCGCCGUCGAAAUCCCGCUCCCCAAUAUGUCGAGGCCCUUGAAAAUAGGCUCCAAAAGGCCGAAGCGCUCCUUCGAAUCGUUCUUCCAAAUGUCGACCUCGAUGAUCCGCAAUUAGACGUGCAUGCGACAGAGCAAAAAUUCACAGCCGCUCAAAAAUCAAAACAAGCGACCGAAGAUGUCAAACCGUCGGCUGCACAGGACACAGCGCAGGAAGGAGCAGACGAGGGACUGCUUGAAACAAUGGUCGAUAAUUCGGGCUGCUUAGAUCGGGAUGACCAAGGCCAUUGGGAUUAUCAUGGGCACACGUCGGGCCUCCUCUUUGUUCGCCGAUUGCGCAAACAGUUGGGCGCCACAGAUAUUAUGGGUCCCAUGGCACGGUCGCGUUCCUCGAUAACCGCGCAUAUGCUGGAUAGUCCAAAGUCUAUGUCCGAGUCUCCUCAGGACACAACAUUACCUCCUACACAUGACCUGCCUCCCCGGGCGGUUGCUCGUCGCUUAUGUCACAAUGCGAUCGACCAUGCCUGCUCCUUGAUGAAAUUUGUGCAUAUACCCUCUUUCUUUGCAAGUCUGGAGCGCAUUUAUGAUACUCCCCCGGAACAAUUCACGAACCAAGAGAACACCUUCUUGCCGCUUUUGUACAUCGUCAUCGCCGUCGGCUGCUUGUUCUCGGAUGAUGAAUCGGGAGAGGGUACCCUGGAUCUGUCUGGCUAUGAAGGCGCAAUAGGCCAAGGGUUCCAAUUCUUCAAAGCCGGUCGACAACUGCUGGAGAUCACCGACUGUCGUGACUUGGUUUCUCUCCAAGCAAUCUGUUUUAUGGUCCUCUUCCUCCAAUCCUCUGCGAAGCUGAGCACAUGCUACUCAUAUACUUCAACCCCCCUUGAGCGAGAACUCCGAAAGCGCAUCUUCUGGGUCGUCCGCAAGAUGGACAUCUACGUGAGCACUCUCCUGGGUCUUCCCCAGAUGCUGAGUGACGACGAUAUCGAUCAAGAAUACCCAAUGGAGGUUGAUGGUGAUUACAUCACUUCGGAAGGAAUCACUCAGCCCCCAUCUAACUAUACACCACUGAUGGCUGGAUGCAAUGCGCACACUCGUCUUUCCAACAUCAUUCUGAAGGUGGUGAAAUAUAUCUACCCAGUUAAGAAUGCUCGCUAUCGCUCCAAAUCGGACCAGCGAUACAUGGUCAGCCACUCAAAAAUUCGGGAGAUCGAGCGAGAUCUGCAAACUUGGAUGGAGGAAUUGCCUCCUGCUCUGCGGCCGGGCACAGAAGUGUCGCCCCAGCUGGAACGUGUCCGGCAAUUGCUGCGUAUAAGCUACGCCCACGUGCAGAUGGUCAUGUACCGCCCGUUCCUCCACUACGUUUCCGGUGGUUCUCAAGCGCGUGGCGUGGAUAAGCGGUCAUAUGCUUGUGCAGCUGCCUGCGUCAGCGUUUCCCGGAACAUUGUUCACAUCACGACUGGAAUGCAGAAGAGGGACUGCUCAAUGGAUCCUUCUGAUUCACCUACAGCCAAAGAUGGCGUCCUGAAGGAUGCUAUGGAGGGCAAAAACACUCUAGCCGGAUUGGCCAAGAAGAGUCUUGCUGCCGACCGGUGUUCUCAGAGUUUGAACUGCCUCUUCAAGACUUUGCCCGAGAUGUUGAAAAAUCGCCAGAGCUCAAAGACCCCUGUCAAUCUCAAGCGGCCCGCGCCAUCUAACACUGCUGAGCCUGAACCGAAGCCUACCUUCGAGAAGACGCUGCCACAUCGGUCAAGCACUUUCCCAGUGCAGAUGAUGUCCCAGCCGGCUGUUACCGAUGAUCAGAGCCGCCGACAACGAAGUCUGGACAAUGUCCAACCUGUCAGGAACCGCUCUACUGACAUUAAUCACCAAUCCACAUGGACAACCACGCCCGAGCUUCUGACGGAAACCAUGACCACCCCAGAACACAUAUCCUCGUCCGGCAUGACACCCUCCAUGCCCAAUCAAGAGCCAUCAAGUCUAGCAUGGGCUCAACAAUUCACCAAUCCGUCCAAUCUCCCAGAUCUCAUGCCAAUGAUGUUCCCAUCAGACGAUCCAUUCGCAUAUCCAACACAGCCGAUGUCCACUUUGGAAGAUGAUCACUUCCGGCACGACCCUGCAGCCAUACCAUCGCAGUAUCCCUUCGAUUCGGCACCAGGCAUGGGGCCCUCCACACCAGGUGACCCCUCCAGCGCAGGGGUCUCCACUCCAACCUUUGACUUCACAAACAUGCCAAAUUUCCCCAUCACAAAUCCCGCAGGGAUCAAGUCAUCAGUGCCAAGUCACCUUCGCCCCUCCCACUCCCGAACUUCAUCCCGCGUCCACUCCCCAAUCUCACAAAGCCAGACUCCGGCAGAGGCGAUCAGUAGUCCAGACCUAGUCUCAAUCCCGAACCAGAAUUUCGUCUGGCAGGGCUACAAUUUCCAGCCCAACAAUCCAAACGACAUGGCAACCGAGUCAGCACCACAACAGCCAGAAAUUCCCGGUCCAAAUGGAUUGCCUAAUUUCAGCAUGGGCAUGGAUGAGAACAUGGGCAUGAAUAUGGACUUAGGGAUCUCCUUUGAUGAUCUGUUUGGCAAUAGUGCUGCGUAUCAACCGGGCAACGGAGCGUCCGCCGAGGAUUGGGCUCAGUGGAUGAAUGCCAACAGCAUUUGA